CAAGUAGUAAGAUUUAAUUGAAUGUUGGAGCUUGAUAAUGGAACACCUGUAUAUAACGGGUAAAUGGUAAAUGCUUAUCAAGUCUCAUAGGAUGGUCGAGAUAAGGCGAACGAAAGCAGCGAAGUGCGGCGGCCCCUGACAAACUGCUAGUAGAAACUGCUAGAAAAGUUCGCACGACGACCGUCAAUUAACGGAACAAAUAUGUCCGAUUCGAAUGAAGUCCACACACAACCUAUCGAGGACUGCAUGAUCGCGGCAAUCGAUCAAGGAACAAGCAGCUCACGCGUAUGCAUCUUCUCCACAUUCAACGGCCAGGUGAUAGCCUCUCACCAAGUACGUGUCACACCUACCUAUCCGGCUUCUGGGUGGCUUGAAUUGGAUGCGGAUGAGCUGUAUGAAACCACUUUAGAAUGCCUGAAUCAGUGCGCAAAACAACUGAUUGAAGGUGGUCGAAAGAUUGGACAAUUGAUGGGCAUCGGUGUGACUAAUCAACGCGAGACCACCAUUGUAUGGGACCGCAAAAGUGGAAAACCACUGGCACCUGCCAUUGUUUGGUCUGAUGCGAGGACCACCGAACUGGCGAAGAAGUACGUUGAACUCACCCCAGGUAAAACCGUCAAUGCCUUUCAGCACAAAACAGGCCUUCCCAUUCACAGUUAUUUCACCGCCCUCAAGCUUUGCUGGCUAUUGGAGAACGUGCCCGCUGUUUCAGAGGCACACAACAAUGGCACCCUGCUUGCCGGCACAGUGGAUACAUGGCUCAUCUGGCGCUUAACAAAUGGAACCAGUCACGUGACCGACGUGACAAAUGCCAGUCGCACCUUGUUGUUUAACAUACACACACUCACUUGGGAUCCGGAUUUAUGCAGGUUUUUUGAUAUUGACGCGCAAAUUCUACCUCAAGUGAAGGCAUCAGCCGAAGUUGUCGGUAUCGUCUCUGAUCCGCGUUGUAACCUAAAGGAUAUGAGGAUUUGUGGCAUUCUCGGAGACCAACAGGCUUCAUUGGUUGCACAAACGUGGGACUUGUCCGUGGGCGUUUCGUUUGAACCCACAGUGAAAGUGACCUAUGGAACAGGCGCGUUUAUGCUGUGGGAUAUUGGAGAGACGCCAUAUUUUUCCGAUCGUGGUAUUCUAACCACCGUGGCGUUCCAGAUGGGCUCCAGGAAGAAAGCACAUUAUGCUCUCGAAGGUUCUGUUUCGUUUGCCGGGGCAACACUCGAUUGGUUGAAGAAAGCGCUGAAAAUUUUCAGCAAUUAUGAUGAAGCUGAGACACUGGCUCAAACGUCGUACAGAAAGCACAAGCAGGCAAUGGCGGAGCCUUGCUACUUGGUUCCUGCUUUCAGUGGUCUUCUAUGUCCCUGGUGGCAAGAGACCGCACGCGGCACAAUCAGCGGGCUGACUGCCGAUGUGGAAUGCGGUGACUUGAUCUACGCGGCACUUCGCUCUUCAGUCUAUCAAACGUACGACGUUCUGAGUGUGGUGACACCGUCGCAGAGGGAUUCGAAGUCCGAUGCCACAUUGCUUCGUCCCAGGGAAAUUGUAGUCGAUGGUGGCCUGGCCAGCAGUUCCGUUUUAUUGCAAAGCCUGGCGGAUAUUUUAGAUAUGAUCGUACGGAAGCACAAUCACUCAGAACUGAUGACUGCCUUGGGUGCUGCGGUUGCCGCUGCUUUGGCAGUUGGCAUUGAACCGUCUGGUCUGUUAAAACUGCGCAAUUAUCCCUACUCAGCUCAACAGCCAGUUCACACCUUUGCCUCAAGUAUAUCGGAUCACUGCAGGCAAGUGAUGCUUACAGGAUGGCACGCAGCUGUUGAACGAAGCUUGGGUUGGAUAGAAGCAAGCUCAGUGAUAGAGAACAUAGACUCGUUGCAAAACCUAAUGAGCAAAAUGGUAAAGCGGAAAUCUGAUACAACAACCCUCACAGAGUUGCCGGUCCCGGUUGUUUGUAACAGUGAACCAAAGGGGAGUGAGCUGAGACUAUCUGUUGGAAAAUUCCUUUCCCUGAUGGGAGUCUGCGUUAUAUUUGGAGCGGUGCUUACUCGAUUAAUCAGCACACAUUAG